AUGUAUCCCGCAGCACCACAGCAGCCCCUUGCCCGCCCUGCUGCCCCCUCUCCCUCCCCCUCACAACCCUUGCGUGCACACCAGCCCCCCCUGGCUGCUGCAGCGGGGGGAGGUGUGGCAGUGGGGAUGGGAGGAGGGCCACCAGGAGCCAUUGCUGGUACCGCCACCGGUGCUGCUGGGGUGGCUGGGAGUGCUGGCGGUGCUGCAUGUGUGCCGGGUGUGGGCCCAGGCACAGCAGCACCCGUGCCCUCUCUCCGCACCACGAGCCCCAGCCCUCAGUUCUUCCCCACCGGGCAGCUGCAGCAGCACAAGCCACCGCAGGCGUUUCAGCAGCUGCUUCCGCAGCAGCAGGCAGCACAGCAGCAGGCAGGGCCGACUGGUGUGGCUGUGCCAGCAGGGGCGAGGCUGGGAGGAGGCAUGGCAGGGCAGCAGGGGGGGGCUGCGGGGAUGGGCCCAGCUGCUGGUGGCGCUGCUACAGGGACACUGCCUGGCAUCGUUGCUGCUGCAGGAGGGCCGGUGCGAGUGGCAAUGGGUGGUGGGGUUGGUGGGCCGGCGGGAGUGGCUGGAGCAGGAGCGAUGCAGCAGCCUGGACUGCCCCUGCACGCACAGCAGCAGCAACAGCCUCCCCAGAUGGUUGUUGGCCCUGGGGGCCGCAUGAUGCCCCGCGCUGCACCUGUAGGCAUGGCAGCAGCAGGAGGAGGAGCAGCAGGAGCACCUGCAGCAGGUAUGGGUGCAGCCAUGCCAGCAGCUGUUCCCGGACCUCAGUUGGCCAGGCCUGGGAUGCCCAUUUCUGCCGGAGGCCCGGGAGGAGCAGCUGUAGGCAUGGCAGGCCGCGGAGGACCAGGCUUGGCUGCCUCCCAGCCAGGCCUUGCCCGUGGGCUGGGAGCAGGUCGGGGUACAGGCCCGGGAAUAGGUCCGGGAAUAGGUCCGGGAGCAGGCUCGGUAACAGGGUACAUGGGGCGAGGAGGUCUGGGAGUGGCAGCAGAGGUGGUGGGAGAGUCACAUGGGGGUGCAGCAGCUGCAGGCAUGGGUGGGCGGGGGGUGGGCCUGGCACAGCAGGGCAGGCCAGGGCAGGCGGCAGCAAUGGCGGCGGGUGGGGGCCCGGGCAUGGGGAUGGGGGGAGCAGGUGGAGCAGCAGCGGGGACGAUGGUGGGGGGCCAGGCGGGCAUGGCACGGCGUGUGGUGGGGGGCGUUGUGGGGGCGGGAGCGCCUGUGGCAGGGGCGGUGGGAGGGCCGGUGGGGGUUGGAGUGGGCAUGGCAGGGGCAGCAGGCGGGGGAGCCGUUGGUAGUGCUGGCGGGCCGAUGGGCCAGCGGCCUCCGAUGCAGCAGCAGCAGCCACAGGCACAGCAGCAGUUCCAGGCACAGCAACGGGCAGCACAGCCACAGUUUCAGCAGGUGCAGGCGGGUGGAGGGGCAGGAGGAGUAGGUGGAGUGGUGGCAGGCCACGCAGGGGGCAUGCAGCGAGUGGGUGUGGGGCAGGGCGUGGCAGGGCAGCAGCCUACAGUGGCAGGAGUCACUGCCGGGGCAGCAGCAGGCGGGCCAGCAGGCGGCGUGGGAGGAGGAGGAGCAGCAGGGCCUGCAAUGGCUGCCCGCCCGCUGCCCCACGCUCCUGCCGCUGCUGCCGCUGUUGCUCCUGGCGUGCCACAGCCCACUGCCGCUGCUCCUGCUGCUGCUGCCCCGCCUGCUGCUUCUGCUGCUGUUGCAGGGGCAGGGGGCGUGAGGCCGCCUGGGCAGCCCCCGCGGUAUCUCAAGCUGUGGGAGGUGAGCUGA